CGUCCCGCUUAAAAGGUGAUUUUACUUGCUGAUACCUUCGGUGAACUCUUGAUCUUGAUCCCAUCUCGCAGUCUUCAUCUCAGCAGAAAGAAGCAUGGCAACCGCAACGGUCGGUGCGCCUUUGGAUCAGGGCGUUGGAUAUGGCAUCGUCUUGGGUCUGGGCUUUGGAUUCGCCCUUGGAAUGAUCCUAGUCACAUUCAUCCUCAAGCGGUACAACUCAGAACUCCAGACGUCCGAAAUGUUCACCACCGCCGGCCGCACGGUAAAGAGUGGAUUGGUCGGAUCCGCCGUCGUGUCUUCGUGGACUUGGGCGGCUACACUUCUACAGAGCUCCGGCGUCUGCUAUAGAUAUGGCGUCUCUGGUCCGUUCUGGUACGCGUCAGGAGCUACGGUUCAGAUUCUACUGUUCGCGACACUGGCUAUUGAGUUGAAGCGACGCGCACCUAAUGCGCAUACAUUCCUCGAAGUAAUCAAGGCUCGCUACGGAACGAUUCCCCAUACAGUCUUUAUGGUUUUCGGCCUCGUGACCAAUAUCCUCGUCAGUCUCAUGCUAGUUGUUGGCGGCUCGGCUACGGUAAAUGCUCUUACGGGAAUGCAUACUAUCGCAGCUAUAUAUCUGCUCCCCGUUGGCGUCAUAGCAUAUACCAUGGUUGGCGGGUUAAAGGCGACGAUUCUAACGGAUUGGAUUCACACCUUCAUCCUACUCAUCAUUAUCAUCAUAUUUUCCUUGACAGCCUACGCCUCCUCUGAUAAACUCGGCUCCCCAUCGGCUGUCUAUGAUCUCCUAGUCGAAGCUGCGUUGAAUCACCCGGUUGAAGGCAAUGCUCAGGGAAGUUAUUUGACCAUGCGCUCGAAAGAAGGAGCUAUCUUCUUCGUUAUCAACAUCGUAGGGAACUUCGGCACCGUGUUCCUAGAUAAUGGAUACUACAACAAAGCCAUCGCUGCUUCGCCCGUUCACGCUCUUCCCGGUUAUAUCAUUGGUGGUCUUAGCUGGUUCGCGAUUCCGUGGCUAACUGCUACCACCAUGGGCCUCUCUGCUCUAGCUCUAGAGGAUACACCCGCAUUCCCGACAUAUCCCAACCGUAUGUCAGAAGCCGACGUCUCUGCCGGCCUCGUGCUGCCGUAUGCUGCCGUUGCUCUUCUUGGCAAAGGCGGUGCGGUCGGUACGCUUCUCAUCAUAUUCAUGGCUGUCACAUCGGCUACAUCAUCUGAGCUGAUCGCGGUCUCCUCUAUUUUCACUUACGAUCUUUACCGUACCUAUUUCAAACCAGAUGCUAGCGGGAGACGCCUCAUCUAUAUGUCUCACGUUAUCGUCGUAGUAUACGCUCUUUUCAUCUCUACAUUUUCCGUUGGGCUCUACUACGCUGGCAUUUCCAUGGGCUACCUCUACCUCAUGAUGGGCUGCAUCAUCUCGUCCGCGGUGAUACCCGCUACGUUAACCCUCGUAUGGAAAGGACAGAACAAAUGGGCCGCAGCGCUAUCGCCCGUCUUCGGCCUCGCAUUUGCUUUGAUCGCAUGGCUUGUCACGGCUCGCAAGGAGUGCGGUGCUUUAGAUGUCACAUGCACGGGAUCCAAUAACCCCAUGCUUGCUGGAAACGUCGUCGCGCUUCUUUCGCCGCUGGUGCUUAUUCCUAUUUUCACUCUCAUCUUUGGAUUGGAUAACUACGACUGGAAGUCAAUGAUGGCUAUUCGCCGGGGUGAUGACCACGAACUUGCUACUACGGCGGGCGUGGACCUGGAACAGACGGCGGCAGGGCACGUAGAGACGGCGAACGAGUUAGUCGAAGAGCAGGCGAAACUGUCGCGGGCCAGUAAGAUCUCCAAGUGGACGACGGUCGGGCUGACGCUCGCAUUCCUGGUGCUCUGGCCAUUCCCUAUGUAUGGUAGCAGCUACGUGUUCUCGAAGCCCUUUUUCACAGGCUGGGUCACCGUAGGUAUCAUCUGGAUUUUCUGCUCUCUCGGCGCCGUGGGGCUGUUCCCUGUUUUCGAGGGACGCAAGACUUUAGCGAGGACCUUCAAAGCAAUUGCGCUCGACCUGUCGGGCAAGAAGCAUGUCAAGGCUAUCCGUGCAGAGAAUGAAGCUACCGCGAUCGACGGGAAAGCGGCAUCGGGUACCGAGACGCCGCCGAAUGCGAAGGAUCCCGUUAAGACGGAGACAGGCGAGAAGGCCGAGUAAGUGUGGACGGGGUGGGGGUACAUUGGUCGUUUUUGGGAAUAUAUGAUUGCGUGGGAAGAUACCCUUUAUAUAUACAUCACGAAUUGAGAUUAGUCUCGAUCGAAAUUUAUUUAUUUUAUCAUUAUCUGAUCUAUAGUUGUCAUACUCCCAUUUAGCUACGUCGUCGGUUUAAGUCCACUCCCAUGAAGGUGCCAGGAGCACUAGAAGUGCAAGCUACGUUUUCGUUCAAUACCUCAAACGAGCGAUGAGGUGAGGUGAGGGACAGGUACAUAUGCAUGGAUUAGGGGUUACAGCAAUACAUUCCGCCAUGGAGUAACGUCUUUGAGCUGUUUAGUCCUUGUACACCUUGUAUCACUCACGGCUAUUCUUCUACUCUUCUGCCUUACCAAGGACAAAUAUAACAGUCAAAUACCAACGAA